UAUAUGUCUUAAGAAUGAUGAAGAGUGUUUCCUUAAUAUUUUUGGCACUUUUUGCGUGCUUCUGUGUUUCUGGAGGAAUUAAGAAUGGAGGAGUACAAAGUGUUUAUUACUGGAAAAAAAUUCUCUUUGAGAACCUUCCUUAUCCUGCGAAUACAUUGAUCGGAAAAUAUCACUAUUACAUUCCCGCUCAAAAUGACGUCAAUGGAAUUCAGUAUCACACUCAGAGUGGAUUAAUGAUCGCGGCAGUGGGACGAAUUCGUCCUGGAGUUCCGUCAACCCUCAAUGCUUUCUGUGUUGCUGAUUACGACAAAGGAACCAGCCCCUAUCUUUGGGGAUUUCCAGAUUAUGAAAAAAAUACUUUAAAGGCAGAAUUUUACGGUAACAGUCGUAAGUUUGUAUCCAGGAAUUCAAAUUACUCAGCCGGAUACUUUCACCAUUUCUUCGAGGAUACAGAAUACGAUGAUCCACGCAGAAGAAAAGUUAACAAGCGUCCUCAAAUUACUAAUCAGAACGAUUUUACCAUUAUCUCAACGUAUUUCCCAACUGUAGACAAUCGGUGUAACCGACUUUAUGUUGUGGACACAGGAAGUCUUCGCUAUGGAGCAUCUGAAGUUUACUUUGUUCAAAAUCCAGCAAUUAUUGUUUUUGAUUUACCAUCUGAUGGUUGCGAAAAUAGAAAUUUUCCGGUAAUCCGACGUGUGGAAAUUCCCAGUCAUCUUUGGACUAUUUCUAUCGGCUUUGGUUUUAUAACUGUGGAUUACCAGACUAAGGGUUCUUGUGAUGAUGUCUAUCUUUACAUUUCAAAUAUAUUCGACAAUAGCUUAGUAGUUUACGACUAUAGACUAGACAAAUUCUGGUCAUUUACCGAUUCAUCUAUGAAGCCAAUAUUAGCUGAAUCAACUCUCAACUUUAAAGACGAUAGUUACUUAAUUCCACUUGGAAUAUCGAACUUGGCCCUUGGAUGGCCAGAUAAAUAUGGUUAUAGAAAUGCUUACUACAAUCCUGCUUCAAGUUCGGUAGAAUAUGUUGUGUCAACAAAAUACUUGAGGGAUUACAGGAAUGCUGUUUAUAAAGAAAAUCCCAAAAAAUUCAAAGCCCUUGGAUACCGAGGAUGUAAGGCAACGGACUUAAAACAAGUAUUUGAUAUUUUUACUGGUGUGAUCUUCUUUGGCGGAAUGGAAUCGAAUAAAAUUCAAUGCUGGAAUACGCAAUUGCCUCUCAAUCCGGAUAAUAUUGGAGUAAUUUAUGAAGCAAGUGAAUCAGUAUUCUUUGCAGAUUUGUCAUUAAAUUGUGAUGGAUACCUAUGGUUUCUUACUAAUCAACUUCCUUUUAUGUUUUUGACCGAAGAUCUUCUUAACAUAUCUGAAAUCAAUACAAAAAUUUUCCGUGUAAAAGCGUCCGAAGCUAUCAAAGGGACAGUGUGUGAUAUUUCUAAUCAAUCCUCUAGAAAACAGAAGAAAGAGAAGUAUUUGAUAUCUCUUUAAAUUUAAAAUUCGUUUUAUCCUAAAUAUAUGCGAAGGAUGGUGAUUCAUUAAUAUGCAAAUACAUGCAAAGGCGUAUGUUAAGAAAGAUCUGAGGAACAUUUUUUAAACUUAUAUAUAAGAUACAAGAAUACAAAAAUAUGUGAAAUAGACAGAUAUAUUUGAAUAAAGAAAAUAAAAAAAGAAAAUCUAUGUUUGGUAUUCUUUGAUAGUAUUCAGCAUUUCUUGUCUCAAAAAUGCAAAUUUU